AUGAGCUCAAAAAAGUACGCUCUCCUCCCUAUGGAUGAGGAUGAGGUCGGCCCUCAAAAAGUCUCCAAGGAGAAGAAGCACAGGCAUCGACAUCGCGACCGAGACGACAAAUCCUCGUCCCGACACUCUAGGUCACGUCGCGAUCGCAGUCGCUCGAGGUCUCCCGGUCGAGGAUCUUCAUCACACCACAGCCGAUCUAAGCAGUACCGACGACGCGAUGACAAGGCCGACUUUGACGAUCGAUGGGGAGACGAGGAGCCACCUUCCUCCGAGCCUGAGGAGGAGGAGGAGGAAUUUGAGGAGUCGGCUAGCAAGAGGGUGAAGCUGAGUCAUGAUGAGCCAAAGGAAGAGGACCUUUCCGACGGCGCAAAGGAGGAGUUGGCGCGGAGGAAGGACAUUGAAGAGCGCGAAGCUUUCGCGAAGCGACUGAAAGAAAAGGACGACAAGAGAUCGAAACACGGCGAAAGAGAGGGAGAAUCAUCGAGGAGGAAACUCGCCGAGGAUGCUGAGGCACGAAACAAGGCGCUUCCCGAUAUCCGCGAACGAUCGCGACAGGAAUACCUCAAGAAGCGAGAGGCAGAACGUCUUGCCCUUCUACGGAAGCAGGUCGCCGAGGAGACGGCUGAGUUGAGGAGCGGCGUGCGACUGUCGGAGAAGGAAAAGGCGGAAUUUGCCAAGAACAGGGAGAUCCUGCGCCUGGCUGAGGAACGCCUCAAGAUUGACGACCACCGCGAUGGAUAUAUGAUGCCCGAGGACUACAUCACAGAAAAGGGAAAAUUGGAUCGCAAGAAGAAGGAGGAGGCACUCUACAAGCGAUACGUUGAAAAGGACGAAUAUGGCCAGGAGAAAUUCGUCACCGAGCAUGAGGAGUGGGAGCGAGAACAAACCUCGAAGGCCAAGGCGCAGAUCCAGCGCGCCGAGAGAGAAAAUGAGGACUACGACUAUGUGAUGGACGAGGAACAGUACAUCCAAUGGAACCUGGACUCACGGAUGGAGGGUGAUGACCAAAAGUUGACGAAGGAGCAGCAGUUCUUGGCGGCACAAAUCGACGCAGCGGAGAAGAAGGCUCUGACCAUCCAGGAGACGAGAAAGAGUUUACCCAUUUACCAGUAUCGCGACGAAUUUCUGGCGGCGUUGGAGCAGUACCAGGUUCUAGUCAUUGUUGGAGAGACUGGUAGUGGAAAGACGACACAGCUACCGCAAUAUCUUCACGAAGCGGGAUACACCAAGAACGGCAUGAAGGUGGGAUGCACACAACCCCGACGAGUGGCAGCCAUGAGUGUAGCAGCUCGUGUUGCAGACGAAGUCGGUGUCAAGGUCGGCAAUGAAGUUGGAUACACGAUUCGUUUCGAGGAUUGCACCAGCGACAAGACCAUCUUGAAGUACAUGACUGACGGUAUGCUUCUUCGAGAGUUCAUGACUGAGCCCGAUCUUGGAGGGUAUUCUGCGCUGAUGAUCGACGAGGCGCACGAACGGACGGUGCACACUGACAUCUUGCUGGCGCUGGUCAAGGAUUUGUCUCGAGAACGACCUGACCUUAAGCUUCUGAUUUCUUCAGCCACCAUGAACGCCGAGAAGUUUGCGCAGUACUUUGACGACGCGCCCAUCUUUAAUAUUCCCGGUCGACGAUACCCUGUGGACAUUUACUAUACACCUGCCCCUGAGGCCAACUAUCUGGCUGCUGCGAUUACGACAACGUUCCAGAUCCAUACCACACAAGGCAAGGGCGACAUCUUGAUCUUCCUGACGGGUCAAGAUGAGAUUGAGGCGGCCGAGCAAGAGAUUGCGGAAACAGCAAAGAAGCUUGGAAGUCGCAUCAAGGAGCUUGUCAUCUGUCCCAUCUACGCCAACCUGCCAUCAGAACUUCAGUCAAAGAUCUUUGAGCCGACACCAGAGGGAGCUCGCAAGGUUGUCUUGGCUACCAACAUUGCCGAGACCAGUUUGACCAUUGAUGGUAUCGUCUAUGUCAUUGACCCCGGCUACGUCAAAGAGAACGUUUAUAACCCUGCGACCGGCAUGUCCAACUUGGUCGUUGUUCCUUGCUCGCGAGCCUCUGCCAAUCAGCGGAGUGGUCGAGCUGGACGUGUCGGACCUGGAAAGUGCUUCAGGCUGUACACUAAGUUUGCUUACAUGAACGAAAUGGAUGAGUCAACAACCCCUGAGAUUCAGCGAACCAACCUGAACGGCGUCGUGCUUCAGCUGAAGUCGCUAGGCAUCAACGAGCUGCUCGAGUUUGAGUUCAUGGACCCUCCGCCUACCGAAGCCCUGAUUGGGGCGUUGAAUCAGCUGUUUGCCCUGCAGGCGUUGAAUCACCGUGGAGAGUUGACCAAGCUAGGUCGUCAGAUGGCCGAAUUCCCUACCGACCCCAUGCUCGCCAAGGCUGUGCUGGCUGCAGACAAGGAGGGAUGUGUAGAGGAGGUUCUGUCUAUCGUCUCGAUGCUUGGCGAGGCUUCAGCGCUCUUCUUCCGACCCAAGGAUAAGAAGAUUCACGCAGACAGCGCUCGCAACCGGUUUACGGUCAAGGAUGGAGGCGACCACAUUACACUUCUCAACGUGUGGAACCAGUGGGUGGACAGUGAUUUCUCUCCUGUCUGGUCAAAGGAGAACUUUUUGCAGCAACGGUCCUUGACUCGAGCACGCGAUGUCCGUGAUCAACUGGCCAAGCUCUGCGAACGUGUCGAAGUUGCCCCCUCUACUUGUGGAGCGUCCAACCUCCGUCCCAUCAAGAGAGCCAUCACAGCUGGCUUCUUCCCCAACGCGGCCCGACUACAGAAGAGCGGCGACAGCUACAGGACGGUCAAGAACAACACAACAGUGUGGAUCCACCCGAGCAGCGUGUUGAUGGCCAUUGAUCCGCCGGAGAAGAUGGUGGUGUAUUUUGAGCUUGUGCAGACGACGAAGGAGUACAUGCGUAGCGUGAUGCCGAUCGAGCCCCGGUGGCUUUCGGAGCUGGCACCGCAUUUCCAUAAGAAGAAGGAUAUUGAAGCUAUGGAGGAGAAGAAAAUGCCUAAGCAGCGGUAG